AUGGGCACCCUUGUCAGCCCACGGCAGAGAACUACGGGUGCCUAUGACUGUGUGAUACCACCCAUGGAAAAGGCUGUAGUGAAAACAGACAUUCAAAUUGCACUUCCUGCUGGAUGCUAUGGUCGAGUAGCACCGCGUUCUGGUUUAGCUGCAAAGCACUUCAUAGAUGUUGGCGCUGGUGUUAUUGAUGAGGAUUACAGGGGAAAUGUUGGUGUGGUACUCUUCAACUUUGGCAAGGAGACUUUUGAAGUUAAAAAAGGGGAUAGGAUCGCCCAGCUCAUCUGUGAGCGCAUUUGCUAUCCUGAGCUAGAAGAAGUUCAAGUUCUAGAUGAUACAGAACGUGGCGAAGGUGGCUUUGGUUCUACUGGAAAGAACUGAAAGUGAUUUGAAUAUGCUUUCUGUAUUUUUUUAUGCUGUUUCUAAAUUUUUAUUUGUAUUAGA